CCGCCUCCAUACAUGGAAGCAAUCCGAACACCAGGAAGCCAUGUUCAAGACUCAAGAGGACGAUCAGACAGUGAAGACAGCGAUAUUGAUAUUCACGGAAACGACCAACAUCAUGACGAAGACGACAGCCAUGAAGAAGAUGAGAAGCACGCAGUCAACAACACCAACACCAACAACAACGGAGGAGGAGGUGCUCUUUCCCUAGUCAAGACCCUUUCACGAGUAUUAUCAAGACCAGAAUCGAAUUUCGAUCCGGGACCACCGCCAGAUGGGGGCGCAAGGGCUUGGUGUACUGUCGCAGCAACCCACCUAGUGGUCAUGACCACCUGGGGCACCAUCAGCUCCUUUGGCGUUUUCCAGACCUACUACACCUCCACUCUCAACGCUCACUCCUCAGUCGUCACACCCUCCACCAUCUCGUGGAUCGGCUCUCUCCAAGUUUUUUUGCUUUUCUUCAUCGGCACUUUCACCGGCCGCCUCACAGACGGCGGAUACUUUCGGCACAUUUACCUCUUGGGAACAGCAUUCAUUGCCCUCGGCAUGUUUUCCACCGCCGAUGCCUUGGACAGCCUCACUUCCGGCAAUGGUAAUGGUAAUGCCAAAAGCGCAGUCUGGAAAUUAUUUCUCGCGCAAGGAAUCGCCAUGGGCUUAGGCAACGGCUGUCUCUUUUGUCCCUGCGUAGCUACGUUAUCUACAUAUUUCAGCAAGAAACGGAGUCUGGCUAUCGGGAUGGGCGCCUGCGGGACUGCAACAGGCGGGUUAAUCUUUCCCAGCAUGAUGCGCAGCUUAUUACCUCGCGUUGGGUUCGCAUGGACGGUUCGCGCAAUGGGAUUUAUCUGCGUUGGAUGUCUUCUUGGUGCAUUCUGGGUGAUCAAACCACGCACCAAGCCGCGCGGGAUGAGAGGCGCGUUGGUGGAGUGGUCGGCCUUCAAAGAAGGGGAGUAUUCCUUGUUUGUGGCCGGGAGCUUCAUGUGUUUCCUGGGGCUGUACUUUGCGUUUUACUACCUUGCGAGUUUUUGCAGGGAUAUCGUCGGGCUGGCGUACGAGGAUAGCUUGAAUAUCCUGCUGGUGUUGAACGGGGUGGGUAUCUUUGGGCGGCUGGUGCCGAAUUACCUGGCUGAUCGGGUGGGGCCGAUUAAUUUGUUUAUUCCGUUUGCGGCGGUGGGCGGCAUUUGUAUGUUGUGCUGGAUGGCGGUCGAGUCGGAGGCGGGACUGUAUGUGUGGGCCGUGUUUUACGGGGCGGCGGCGGGAGGGAUUCAGAGUCUGUUCCCGGCGGGAUUGACGAGCUUGACGACGGAUUUGAGAAAGACGGGCGUGAGGAUGGGGAUGGUGUUUACGUGUAAUAGCUUUGCGACGCUGGCGGGGCCGCCGAUUGCGGGGGCCAUUAUCACGAGUAUGGGGGGUAGGUAUUAUGGCGCGCAGGCGUUUGCGGGGUCGACGUUGUUGUGCGGGACGGGCUUGUUGGCGGCGGCGAGGAUGGUGAAGGCGAGGAAGGCGCAGAGGGAGGGGGAGAGUGGAGGGGUUUGGAAGGUCAAGGUUUGAAUCG